AUGAGAACACAAGCGUUUUUAUGUGUAGUCCUCUUUAUAGGAGAGUAUAUAGCUGCACCUCUCUCAGAAGAAAAGGAUGACAAAAUUGUGAUACCAAGACACAUAUUAUUCAAUAAAAAUUACCUUAAAUAUAAAGCGAAACAUGAUAUCGUUGAUAUUAUGGUACCGUUGAAUGCUCUUACCUUGGAGUCUAUGAAAGAUAUUGAUUCUGAUAGCAAGCCGGAUAUGACGGUUUUCUUAGUAGAAGCUGAUCUUAAGGAUGGCAAACGUGUUGACAAAGGACUGUACUUAUAUAAGAAUGGUGAGGAGAAAAUGGUUCUGCCUAAUGGAAGAGCAGCGGCGGCUUCAUUUGAUGAUGAAAAAAUAGUCUAUUUCGGAGCCAGCGAUGGUUUAUAUGUUUAUAAUGUGGACUCCAAGUCCGCUGAUAAAUAUGGAAAUUUUUCCGAUAGCAUUAUCGAUAUCGCUACAAACGUAGAUGGAAAACACAUUUACAUUCUGAGUGAAGAUCACAAAUUAUAUAAUGUGACAAAUGAAGGCGCAGACAAAGAGUUGCUCCAAGAUGUAGAAGAUGCCCAGGAAAUUGUUUUGGAUUAUUUUGAAAAUAUUUACUUCUACGACUCCAACAAGGAUGUAUUCAUUAAAAAUGCUGAUGGGAUUAUCAAAGUUCAGGGUCUACCGGAAGGCAGGAAAUCCCUUAGGUUUUUGGGCCAAGAUUUCCUUAAAGAGCCAUAUACUGGAAAAAUGAGAACACAAGCGUUUUUAUGUGUAGUCCUCUUUAUAGGAGGGUAUAUAGCUGCACCUCUCUCAGAAGAAAAGGAUGAUAAAAUUGUGAUCUUGUUAUCAAGACACAUAUUAUUCAAUAAAAAUUACCUUAAAUAUAAAGCGAAACAUGAUAUCGUUGAUAUUAUGGUACCGUUGACUGCUCUUACCUUGGAGUCUAUGAAAGAUAUUGAUUUUGAUAGCAAGCCGGAUAUGACGGUUUUCUUAGUAGAAGCUGAUCUUAAGGAUGGCAAACGUAUUGACAAAGGACUGUACUUAUAUAAGAAUGGUGAGGAGAAAAUGGUUCUGCCUAAUGGAAGAGCAGCGGCGGCUUCAUUUAAUGAUGAAAAAAUAGUCUAUUUCGGAGCCAGCGAUGGUUUAUAUGUUUAUAAUGUGGACUCCAAGUCCGCUGAUAAAUAUGGAAAUUUUUCCGAUAGCAUUAUCGAUAUCGCUACAAACGUAGAUGGAAAACACAUUUACAUUCUGAGUGAAGAUCACAAAUUAUAUAAUGUGACAAAUGAAGGCGCAGACAAAGAGUUGCUCCAAGAUGUAGAAGAUGCCCAGGAAAUUGUUUUGGAUUAUUUUGAAAAUAUUUACUUCUAUGACUCCAACAAGGAUGUAUUCAUUAAAAAUGCUGAUGGGAUUAUCAAAGUUCGGGGUCUACCGAAAGGCAGGAAAUCCCUUAAGUUUUUGGGCCAAGAUUUCCUUAAAGUGCGAUAUGUUAUUUUGAUGACAGACAACGUUCUUUACGUUACCUUUGCUAAUGGAAUUGCUUUUACAAGUUCUGUGGAAUUGAGCCCUGAUGCGAAACCAACUGCUUAUGGCCUUUGGUCCAAAAUAGUGCAUUACUACGCAUACAACAAAAAUCUGUAUGUAAAAUAUCUGUGA